CCUUCUUUCUCGCCCCCUCCCUGUCCUCUUCCUCCACCAGAGCAUCUCUCUCCUGCUUGUCUCCCUCCUCCUCCUCCACCGCCCACUUCUCCCCAACCAUUGAUCCGACCACUCACCGCCGGCUCCGCCGCCUCAUCGCAGCGCUUUUCUGCCUUCUUUUCAUCCUUUUUUUUUAAUUUAAAGGGCGGAGAACCGGCACUUUUCUUCCUCCGGCACCAAAUCACUCUGAGCACCAUGGCGAGCACCGAGGAUAAAGCUGCCAGCAAGGAGAACAAGUCCAGCUGGAAGGACUCCAUCUACAACCCGAGGACCGGGGAGCUGCUGGGUCGGACGGCCAGCAGCUGGGCCCUCAUCCUGCUCUUCUACUUGGUCUUCUACUGUUUCCUGGCUGGUAUGUUCGCCCUGACCAUGUGGGUGAUGCUGCUCACUCUGGACGACUCCGUGCCGAAGUACAGAGACCGUAUCCCCUAUCCAGGACUGGUGAUUCGUCCAAAUUCAUUGGAUAUCUCAUUCAACAAAUCGGAUCCAUCCAACUAUGCUCAGUAUGUCCAAAACCUGAACAUCUCCCUUAACUCUUAUAAUGACACAGAACAGGAGAAGAAUGAAAACUGCAUUCCCGGUGAAUACACCUUGCAAGACGAUAGUGAGGAAAUUGCAAAGAAGGUUUGUCGCUUCAAGAGAUCAACGCUGAGUCGCUGCUCCGGCCUCUCUGACACCAACUUUGGAUAUCAUGAAGGAAAACCCUGCGUUCUGCUGAAAAUGAACAGGAUCAUCGGUCUGAAACCGUCUGGAGACCCUUACAUCAACUGCACGGUCAAAAAAGACAACCCAGUCCAGAUGCAGUAUUUCCCCUAUGAGGGGCGCAUUGAUAAGAUGUAUUUUCCCUACUAUGGCAAGAAGGCCCAUGAGAGCUACGUGCAGCCUCUGGUGGCUGUGAAGCUGCUGCUCACCAAGGAGGACUACAACAAGGAGCUGUCUGUGGAGUGCCGGGUGGAGGGCUCCAACCUGCGCAACAACGACGAGAGGGACAAGUUCCUGGGCCGCGUCACCUUCAGGAUCAAGGUUGUGGAGUAAAGAGGGAAGAUGGCCUGUGGAACCAGAUAAGGUCGCCCGUGUUCGCUAAGGAUUUGUGUUAAAAAAAA